UUGUGAAUGCUCAUAUCUAAAACCUAAAGCAAAACAUCAACAACAAAAAGUGGACAAUUAUAUAUUGCGGCAUCCACAAGCUUCAAAUAUUGCUCGUUCAAAUGGUUUGCGAUAAAUGUGAGUCCAAAUUGUCCAAAGUCUCGGCGCCGAAUCCCUGGCGAACUAGCAAUGCAGCGGCCGGUGGACGCAAAAUCAAUGAAAACAAAGCAUUAUCAUCUUCCAAGGAGCGCUUCAAUCCUCUAGGCAAUACUCUAGCACCUUGCCGCAUAUGCAGACAGAAGGUGCAUCAAGUGGGCGCGCACUAUUGCCAGGCGUGUGCAUAUAAAAAGGCAAUUUGUGCAAUGUGCGGCAAGAAAAUUUUAAAUACGAAAAACUACAAGCAGAGUGCGACAUGAAGACGAUCUGUCACGAAUACAUUUUAUGUAAAUAAUGUCCGUUAACAGAUAUUUCAAUAUUUUAGCAUAGCCUAUGGUAUACAAUAAAAUAGUUAAGUAGCUUAA